AUGGCGGACCGCGUCCAUGGCACCGCCGAUAUCAACCUCAUUGAAGCCGCCGUCACCUGGCAUGCCUACCUGAUUUGUGGGUUUGCCAGCUUCGGAGGUAUCCUCUACGGCUAUGAUUCUGGCUACAUCUCUGGAGUCCUCGGCAUGCCCUAUGUCAAGAAGCAAUUCGGCCAUGAAGUGAGCAAGGCUGAAGACCCCGAUGGCUAUAUCAUCGCCCCCUCACGCAAGUCUCUGAUCACCUCCAUCCUUUCGGCCGGUACGUUCAUCGGUGCUGUGCUCAGCGGUGGUGUUUCCGAGCAGAUCGGUCGUCGUCUUACCAUCAUGCUCUCGUGCCUGAUCUUCGCUAUCGGCGUUGCUAUCCAGGUUGGUACUGUCAACAUUGGUGGUUUGGUUGCCGGUCGAUUCGUUGCUGGUUUGGGUGUCGGUGGUGUCUCUGCUACCGUUAUCCUCUACGUCUCCGAGAUCAGUCCUCGUCGUGUCCGGGGCCUGCUGGUUUCUGUUUACCAGUGGGCCAUCACGAUUGGAUUGCUUGUAGCAUCUGGUGUGGACCAGGGUUGCAAGAAUAUUCCCGAAAGAUCCUCGUAUCGUAUUCCGAUUGGUAUUCAGUUUAUCUGGGCCUUCAUCCUUGCGUUUGGUCUUUUCUUCCUCCCCGAGUCUCCUCGGUACUACGUCAAGUGUGGACGGAUGGAGGAUGCCCUCCGCUCCCUGGAGCGAGUGCGUGGUCAGCCCGGCUCGAACCCAGCCGUUCAAGCUGAACUGGCAGAAAUCAAGGCCAACUACGAAUACGAGAAGCAAAUUGCCAGCACCUCUUGGGCCGACUGCUUCAAGGGCGGUUCGUCUCGCCGUGGCAAUCUUCAUCGGGUCAUGAUGGGCACUUGCUUACAGAUGUUCCAACAGUGGACUGGCAUUAACUUCAUCUUUUACUACGGCACCACCUUCUUCCAGCAGGUUGGAAUCCACAACCCCUUCUUGAUCUCGACCAUCACGAACGUUGUCAAUGUUGUAACCACCCCCGCCUCGUUCUACAUGAUGGAAAAGUUUGGCCGUCGUACCCUGCUCAUCUAUGGCGCCGUUGCAAUGUGUUUCUGCGAGUUCGUCGUCGCAAUCGUUGGCGUGGCCGUCCCCGGAAAGCACGCCGCGGAUCUCUGCCUGAUCGUUUUCACUUGUCUCUACAUCGCAUCCUUCGCCACCACCUGGGGUCCUGCUGCAUGGGUCGUUAUCGGCGAGAUCUAUCCGCUUCCUAUCCGUGGCAAGGGUGUCGCUCUUGCUACGGCUUCUAACUGGCUGUGGAACUGCGUCAUCGCUGUGAUCACUCCCUACAUUGUGGACAAGGAGAAGGGCAACCUGGGUGUGAAAGUCUUCUUCGUCUGGGGCAGCGCCCUCGUCCUGUGCUUCAUGUUCGCUUUCUUCAUCGUUCCUGAGACCCGGGGUCUGACCCUGGAGCAGGUCGAUAAGAUGCUUGAGGAGUCGACCCCCAUGACUAGUGCCGGCUGGAAGCCCCAUGAUACUUUCGCCCACGAAAUGGGUAUGGUUGACAAGCCCGAACCCCAUGUCGCUCACCACGAAGAGCGUGGCCCCGCCACCAUGGGAACCUCAACCGAUACUCGGGUUGUUUAG